AAGAAGGGGGAGCUACUAACUCUCUUCUCUUCCUCCACUACCACAUGUGAGCUAAUUACCUCUCGGUCUCAUAGUCUAGCACACGGUUUAUAUUAUUAUUGGUCUAAUCUACGCAAUUCUUUCUCAAGUUCAUGCAUAAGUCACUAAAUCAAUUGAAAGGUGUUAUGGAUUGCAAAGGGUGGUUGCCAGAGUCCAUAGGAGAUCUAAAGUCAUUACAGUUUCUACGUCUUGGCUGCAACUUGGAAGGUUCCAUUCCAGCUUCCAUAGGGGACUUACCCCAACUUGUUCACCUAAGCCUCAAUUCUAACAAUCUUAGUGGACAAAUCCCAUCAUCACUUGCAAAUCUCACCCAACUUAGCUUUCUCGACCUUUCCAAUAAUCAGUUUUCUGGUCCCAUUACUUUCCAUGCAAGUAGGUCUCUAGUGAAUUGUAGCUUCCUAGAGGUUCUAGACGUUGACAAUAACAACAUAGAGGAUACAUUCCCUCAUUGGUUGGAAUCUCUACCAAACCUUCAAGUGCUUGUCUUAAGGGCCAACAAGUUCCACGGUAUUGUGCAGAGCACCAAAGAAAGUCCAUCUUUUCUCAAGUUACAAGUUCUGGACCUCUCCAACAAUGAUUUUCUUGGUCCUCUGCCUAUUCAGUACAUGGAAAAUUUUAAAGCGAUGAUGGACCCUCAUGGAGAGGAUGGUUCCCCUGAAUACAUGAAGGUGCAGACGAGAGCCAAUUCUUAUCAUUAUCAAUAUUCAUUGGUUGUGACAAUGAAGGGAUUCGACUAUGAGCUGCAGGGAAUCUUGACCAUAUUCACUAGCAUUGAUCUCUUAAAUAACAAGUUUGAAGGAGAAAUUCCAGAUGUAAUUGGAAAGCUUAGUUCUCUCAAGGGGCUUAAUCUUUCUCAUAACAACCUUACUGGUCCUAUCUCACCAUCACUAGGGAAUUUGAUGAAUCUAGAAUGGUUGGAUCUCUUUUCCAACGAGCUGGCAGGAAAAAUUCCAAAUGAAUUGGUAUCUUUGACACAACUUGCCGUAUUGAAUCUUUCAAAUAAUCAUCUUGUCGGACGCAUACCACAAGGCAAUCAGUUCAGCACUUUUGGAAAUGAUUCUUAUGAAGGAAACCUUGGACUAUGUGGAAUCUCAUUGUCAAAAUCUUGUAAUGGAAAUGGGACACUGCCAAGCUCCUUCCAAGAAAAAGCUGAGUUCUGGAGAUUUGGCUGGACGGUUUUAGUGCUAGGCUAUGGGUGUGGAGUUGUUUUUGGACUGCCGAGGGGAUAUCAUGCCUUCCGAACAGGAAAGCCAAAAUGGUUUGUGUCUUUGUCUGAUGGCCAGUCAAGUCAAAGUGGAAGAAAGAUGAGGAAAGCCAAGUUGGAAGGCAAGGCAGGUGGUGGAGGAGGUGCUGAUGGUAGUGAUGAUGCUUUUGGCAAGAGACCCAUUAAACAAGUCCAACUUUUUCAGGUUGGUGUGACUUUACAAGAUGGUAGAACAUUUGAGGGUACAGUAGUGAAUGCUGAUUUGCAUUCUGAUAUUGCUAUUGUAAAGAUUAAAUCUAAAACUCCACUCCCAGCUGCAAAACUUGGUUCUUCAAGCAAGCUCUGCCCUGGGGACUGGGUGUUGGCCUUGGGCUGCCCACUUUCCCUUCAAAAUACUGUCACAGCUGGUAUUGUAAGUUGUGUUGAUUGUAAAAGCAGUGACUUGGGCCUUGGAGGGAUGCACAGGGAGUAUCUACAAACAGAUUGUGCUAUCAAUCCUGUAACUCUCUCAUGCUCUAUCAGCAAACAUCAAUUUUUAACACUGUGCAUAUCAUUGUAACUGUGUGAAUCCACACGUUUGUGGAUUAAAGAGGAUCUUAUGUAAAGGGGUUUGUUAGUCAAACUGGUAUAAACUGACAUCCACAACCUUAAUUCUAGAGUUAAGUUCAGGGGUUCAAGUCACUACAAUAGCCAACCAGUAACAUUUUUGCCAGUAAAAAAUUAUAAACUAGAAGAAGAUGUGCUUGUAUCAUUGCAUCCUUCUUAUGGAUUUUUAUCUGUGUUUGGGCAUAUCAGUGUUAUCAGUAGCGGAUAGCGGUAAAUAGCGGG